CCCCCCCUAUAUACCGGCUCUCAGCACUUUUUCUUCCUUUUCCCGCUGCUUACUUCGUGCGAGAUGUCUUACGAUUCUUUUAGCGAUACAAGAAAACCUGACUCCGAACGGGGUCGUGAGGAACAAAAUGGCGCACCAGGAGUCGAAGAAGACGAUGAUAUCGAGACUGACUGGAAUGAAGUUAUUGACAAUUUCGAUUGCAUGGGUUUGAAAGAAAAUUUACUCCGAGGCAUUUAUGCUUACGGGUUUGAGAAACCAUCCGCAAUUCAACAGCGAGCAAUCGCUCCAUGCUGUAAAGGUUAUGACGUCAUUGCUCAAGCACAGUCAGGUACUGGGAAAACCGCCACAUUCUCAAUUGCAAUCCUUGAACAGCUUGACGUGACUUUUAGGGGAUGCCAAGCACUUGUGCUGGCUCCAACCAGGGAAUUAGCACAGCAGAUUCAAAAGGUUUUGAUGGCUCUUGGUGAUUACAUGAAUGCCAAGUGCCAUGCCUGUAUUGGUGGAACCAGUGUCUCUGAAGACAUCAUUACUUUCAAAGAAAAACCAAUCCACACUGUUGUGGGCACUCCUGGCAGAGUGUUUGACAUGAUCAGUAGAAAUUAUCUCUUGACCAAAAAUAUCAAAAUGUUUGUGCUGGACGAAGCUGAUGAAAUGUUAUCAAGAGGUUUCAAGGAUCAGAUUUACGACAUUUUCACAAAAUUACCUACUAAUGUGCAGGUUAUUUUGCUUUCCGCCACAAUGCCUACUGAUGUGUUGGAGGUGACCACAAACUUCAUGCGUAAUCCAAUUAGAAUCUUAGUUAAGAAAGAGGAGUUGACCCUAGAAGGUAUCAAGCAGUUUUAUGUCCUGGUGGAAAAAGAGGAGUGGAAACUUGAAACACUCUGUGACUUGUAUGAGACACUUACAAUUACCCAAGCUGUAAUUUUCCUGAACACCAGAAGGAAAGUGGACUGGCUGACAUUAAAGAUGAGGGAAAAAGAUUUCACAAUCUCUGCCAUGCAUGGUGACAUGGAUCAGAAAGAAAGAGACGUGAUCAUGAAAGAAUUCCGUUCUGGUUCCAGUCGAGUGCUUAUCACUACAGACUUGUUGGCACGUGGUAUUGAUGUACAACAGGUUUCACUGGUUAUCAACUAUGACCUGCCUGGAAAUCGAGAGAACUACAUUCACAGGAUUGGUCGUGGUGGUCGGUUUGGUCGUAAAGGCGUGGCCAUCAACUUUGUGACCAACGACGACGUUCGAACAUUAAAGGACAUUGAAACAUUCUACAACACACAGAUCGAGGAAAUGCCAAUGAAUGUGGCCGAUCUUAUCUAAGAAGUCUAAUCACUAAUUCAGCUUCCAAAUACAAUAACAAUGCUUUGCUAAAACGAAGAAGAAAAAAAAAAUGCAAAAGUAUCAAAACAAAAAAAUCAGUGAUCAUCAUAUCGUACCGACCAGUGCGGUGUGAAACCCCCCCGGAUAUGUCAAAAAAUAUGUCGUGUUUUAAACGAAAAUUGACAGUUAUUUUUUGUUUGUUUUUGUGCCUGUUCACCGUGGAAGAGAUUGCAGAUACCAAAUCCGACAUGCAUAUACUAGUUUUAGACGGAAAUAGAAAAAAAAAAAGAACACUUGUAUUUAAAGAUUUGGCUUAGUGGGGUUUGACAUCUGCUGUUUUUUUCUGUCAUCGCUAGUGUUUGGCGUCAGCUUUGUAUAUUGACCUAAAUUGGCUCUUAAUAUUUUAUGUAUGACGGACAUUAAACAUAGGUACAUAGGUGGCACUGUUGUGCCCUCCUGGUCAAUAAAACAAUGUUCUUAAA